UUUGUUAAAUCGAGAGCAUUUGAGACUUUUUCACAGCAUGAUGAGAACUUCCAACCUUCUGCGCUGGACAAAUAACACUAAGAAUGGCAGCAACAACAAAAGCAACAAAAAUUGGAUUCACACACCGGAAUCUCUCAUGCACGGCCACAUCGCCUAUCUAGUCAAGUUUUUGGGAAAUACGGACGUUGAACAUCCUAAAGGGAUUGAAGUAGUGAAAGAAGGCAUUCGCAAGCUGCGUUUUUCUCAACAGCUUCGCAAAGCCGAAGGCCAACGAACCCCAAAAGUUGAAUUGACUGUCUCCGUUGAUGGUGUCGCCAUUCAAGAACCGAAAGGAAAGCGAAUUCUUCAUCAGUAUCCCCUUCAUCGUAUUUCCUAUUGUGCAGACGAUAAAGCGGAAAAGAAGUUUUUCAGUUUUAUCGCCAAAGAAGAGGAUUCGGAAAAACAUACCUGCUAUGUUUUUGUUAGUGACAAACUGGCCGAGGAAAUAACAUUGACUAUUGGUCAAGCCUUUGACCUGGCCUACCGUCGAUUUUUAGAAAGCAGUGGGCGAGAAGUCGAAGGCCGUCGACAAGUGAGCCAACUGCAGGAAAAACUUGACAACUUGGAACGUCAAAAUCAAGUCCUCCGUCGUCGCCUUCUCGAAUUGAGCAAUUUGGUCGACAAUAAUAAAAUGGCUGGAUUCUUAGAAUCCGAAGGGGUGUCCAACGUAUUGGAUGUGGCGCUGGAUUCGGAGAAUGUUUCCUCAUUGAACGGUUCCACAACUACAACCAACCGAUCGACUAACGGUGGGAAACAGGAUGAGACACUGAUCAACUUUCACACUAAUGACAGACCCAAUACGGUACCGCAAAUAAACAAUCAGUAUCCAAAUUUGCCACCAGUUCCACCUCGAUCUUUUGAAGCCAAAGGAGUGAAAUCCGACAUCGCCAUGGGAGAUUUUGUUGAAAGCGACGAUGACUUUGAUCCUCGUGGUAGCGAUACUACAAUUAUGAAUAACAACGCACGCAACGCCACCAUAAAUGUGCCUUUAGGAUUUCUUUCAACACUACAACCCAAAAUCGAAAAGAAAACGGAAAGCCCGCAUGAGAAGGAUAUUUUCGGCGCAGAACCGUUUGGAGAAAAUAGCACCGACCCCUUUGGUAUGGCAGAUUUCGGACGAGUCGUUUCGCAGACAGACCAAGAAAUUAAUUUCAACACGGGUGUCUUAAAUCGGCGUAUGACUGAAAUGCAAGAAGGUUUCACACGAGGAAUUUCAUUUGAAGGCGACGAUUUUAAUCUGGAAAGCCUAGAUCCUCUACGUCUUUGAAAGCUUCACACAAAAAAAAGUACUUAAUACCGAAAUGUGAGAAAGAAGCGACCUAUUUGUAUUCUUGAAAAGUUGAAACAUUUAUGAAUUCCAAAGGGCUAACUAUCAUUACUGUAAUAGAUACUUCUAAUGGCGCCGUGCGAUGUUUGUCAUGGUGCUGAUGGAUAAACACUAUUAGCCUUAUGUUGGUGGGAAAUUGCCUGUUUCGUGAAACAUUCCUUGAAGCGCUUUUUUAGCAUUUGCACUCAAACCAAGUAAAAAAGUUAUACUUCGCCCACUCAAGCGACAGCGAUUUAAAAUGCACAAUGGAUUGGGUCAGGGCCAUGGCAGGCCCAUUUUGUCAAUUGGAUGCCAUGUAAAAGAGAAUCCUAGAACUUUUUCUGCUGUGCUUUAACUAACACUCUAGCUUCACAUUAUUCCAAGUCUUCAAAUCAGAUAACAUCAGUCCUGGCCGACUUUCAAAACAUUUAUGAUAAGAAACAUCACUGUAACUGAACAUUCUAUAUAAGAAGCAUGCCCUUAUAACUUUUACUAUGUACUAUCGAAAACAGUUCUAAUAUCAUGUGAGCGACUGAUGGUUCUAAAAACGAAAUAUAUUUAGCAACCUUA